UCAGAGGGAGAUAGCCGUGACCGCUAAAUGGAUUUUGAAAGGUUUCAUCUGAUUUUUUUCAGAAGAAAACAAUCGUAACAUAACGUGUAAAAAACUCUUACAAACGGUCGUCCGGGAGUUUACAUCACAACAGGUGGAAAAGACUGUCUGCCACGACAGUAAGUUCCAUAUUUUCGAUUGAUGAAAAAUAUUUAUUACGUAAGUGAUUGGAAAGGCGAGAAAGGAAAGAAAUUCGUGCUCUUUGUCAGUGUUAUAACAUGGAGUGAUAACAUAGAGAUCUAGGGAAAUCGAUGGUGAAAUAAGGCGUCACUGAAGGAAAUAAAAAAAUGUGAACAUUUCAUAGUCUACAAUAUAUUCUUUUUUUCCUAUUACCAAAAAAUGUGUCCUACAUCACUUUUCACAAAAAAUCACAAUUUUCAGUAAUCUGAAGGAAUUUAUUCUAACGAGGAUUAUAUAUGGUUCUGAAUGAUGGAAGUUGUCAUUGUGAAAUAGCUUUCUCUAUUGAAUAUGGUAUUACCAGACACUGUCGUAUAUUCGAAUUAUAGUGUGUUUCAACAACUUUGGCAGUAAAGUGCACGCUUCCUGUUAACAAAAAAUUGCUUUGGCAACGAUAUAUCAUAGGAUGGAUUUGUAGUAAAAAAAACUAGUGAUUUACAGUCUCUCACGAGUAAUCCCAAAAAACACUUUUUUAGUAAAGGUUUUGAAAAGAGAUGUGGAAGGGACGUAAACAAGCCGUACAUGCAAAAUUGGAACGAAAUAUAAAUUAUAAGCAUAACUAAAAUGAAAACCGAAAGCUAGGUUCCCCCUUGUUCACCUAUAACGUUCGAUAAAAAUAACUAAUGUAUAUGGAAUGUAGGUUAUCCGUCUCUUUACCACACUCUAAAAGUGAAAGUUUAUUUUUUAUUUUUAGACACAAAAGAUAAUUAAAAAAAACCAGGUUGUGACCCACAAGGUAUUAACUGCCAUGGAUAUAGCAAUACGUUUGCAACUAAAGUAAAAAUUAUGCGCACUUGUUUUAGCAUAGUAGACACCCUUUCGGAAUUGUGAAAUCCUUACUCUUAGUAAAGCACUAUUUUUCUAUAAAACCGGAUUCAUUUUAAAAAGCAAAAUCAGUUUUCUUCAGCAAUUCACUCGUAAAUAAAGUAAACCUCUUACCACGAGAUGUGUUUCUUCGCCAUUGUUGCUGCUUACGCCAUUAUUUCAUCUUUAGCUAAUGCAUAUACUCCAACAAAUAAGUAUACAGAAUUUAUAGAAUGGAAUCAUAAUUCAUCGCAAACUGCUGACAUCCCAACUCCAACUGGAAAUAUUUUAACGGUUUUAACAGAAAAUGGUUUUACAACUUUUGUUGACUUAAUAAUCAAAACUGGAUUGGAGGAAACUUUUUCUCAACCUGGCAUUGCCGUUCAAACAGGACCAUUCGUCGUAUGGGCACCAACAAAUGAAGCUUUUUCUGCAAUUGACCGUGAAACUUUCAAUUCAAUUUUGAUUGAUUCCAGUCUAUUGAAAGACAUUCUUACCUAUCAUCUGACAUUGUUUGGGCAGCCUUACACUCUUAUUUCUGCCAUAAAAGAUGAGCUAGCCCGACCAACAGUACAGGGUCAGGUAGUUCGCAUCAAUGUGUACCGUAAAAAAGGAUCGUCUUUUGCUUCAAAACGAUCUGUGACCGUCAAUGGAGCACUAGUGGUUAACACUUUUUCAGCAGGUGAAAGUAUUAUCUAUGUCAUCGACAGGGUUCUAAACCCUCAGGAUUUGGAUUCUAGUAAUACAAAAAUAAAUUAUUUGAGAAGACACCCAGAAUUUUCGAUUUUCUUAAAAAUAUCCGAUACUCUCGGUUUUUCCGAAGACAGUUUUAAAUCUCCGAUGAAAACUGUGUUUGUUCCAACCAACGCUGCAUUCCAAGCUCUUCCUGUUAGUGAACUUGAAGCGCUGUUCGACAACAAACAAGCGUUGUUGAUUCUAUUUAACACGUAUACGGCUUCUGGAACUUUCUACAGUCAAGGCCUCGUUUCUGGACCACUUCCUGUAUUUUCUGGUGAUAACAUCGAUAUUAAUAUAACUCCUGGUGGAAUUUCCAUAGAAAAUGCGAAUAUAAUAAAAGCUGACAUAACAACAGUGGAUGGUGUAAUUCACAUUAUUGAUGCCGUUAUUUCACACAGAGUAGAAGAUUCUACCAUUUCAAGUGACAUUGAAAAUAAUUUCUUUAUCAAACAGCAUACAUUUUAUUAGUUGCCUUUAACAUGCUAAACUUAAUGGGUGACUGAAAAAAAUGGGUGAUUAUUAUUUUUGUUUAUUUUAUAUUGUGAACAAAUUGGUAAAUAUGAAGGUAUGAUUCUACCCGUC